AUGCGGCGCCCCUUCUGGCGCUGUGUCCAGCGCACGCUCGCUUUCAAAGUGGAACGGGAGGUGGAACUCUCGCCCGCCACCCAGUACAUCUUCGGCUGGCACCCCCACGGCAUCCUCCUUCUCUCCCGCUUUGCCAUCUACGGGGGCCUCUGGGAGAAGCUCUUCCCGGGCGUGCACUUCAAGACCUUGGCCGCCAGCCCCUUGUUCUGGAUCCCGCCCAUCCGGGAGGGGAGCAAGGAGAUCUACACGACGAACCCGUACACGCCCGAGACCACACUGGUGCUCAAGAUUCGGAAGGGCUUCAUUCGCAUGGCCCUCCGGUACGGAUGCCCCCUGGUCUGCCCUUUGGAUGCCUACGAGAAGAUGGAUCGGUUCCAUGGAGAGCAACAACAGGUGAUGUUUGGAUACGUAGACCCCGGAACGGUGCCGGAUGCGCCGGGGUGGCCCCUGCGAAAUUUCUUGCUGCUCCUUGCGAACCGGUGGGGGCUCUGCGAGGCAACCGUCGUCUGCUACCGCGGUCGGGUCACGGGGCCUACGCAUGAUCCAGAAGCAGGUGGUAAUGGAAGCCACUUGAAUCCCCUGGGAGGGGCCCAGGUGAUGCGGGGCAGCUUCGUGCUGCACGUCUCCCUCGCGCCCCUGGCGUCCUCGCCUUCCUCUUCCCCCCCCGGCGCCCUCAUGACCACAGGCUGGGAGAUGCACAAAGGCAAAUACAUGCCUCGACGCGUCGACCUCUCUGCCACCAUGGACCCUAUCCGCCUGGCCGAGCAGUCCGUGGAUCUGAAUCUGAAGCUCAUGCGCUGGCGGCUGCUCCCAGCCCUGGACAUCGCCGCCCUGGCCCGCACCAAAUGCCUCUUGCUAGGCGCCGGGACCCUUGGCUGCAGUGUGGCACGGGGCUUGCUUGGGUGGGGCGUGCGGACGAUCACGCUGGUGGACAACGGGCGGGUCGCGCUCUCGAACCCUGUCCGUCAAUCCCUCUUUGAGUACACGGACUGCGCGGACGGGGGAAAGCCCAAGGCCCUGGCGGCGGCGACGGCUUUGCGGAGGAUUUUUCCCGGGGUGGUUGCGGAGGGACAUGUCAUGACCAUCCCUAUGCCGGGCCACCCAGUUUCCUCGCCGGCCGAAGAGGCAAGCGCGCGGCGGGAGGUGGAGUUGUUGGACAAGCUGGUGGCGGAGCACGACGUGAUCUUCCUGCUUACCGACACACGGGAGAGUCGAUGGUUGCCGACCGUCCUGGGGGCCGUGCACGACAAGAUCCUCGUGAAUGCGGCCUUGGGCUUUGACACCUUCAUGGUGAUGCGUCAUGGUGCUCAACCGAAUCCCCCCCUGACCUCGGUCGCGCCAUCCUGCAGCGGCGGGGAGGAUGGGGGUACUGCGCGGGAAUCGAAAGCCAGGACGGGGACGGGGAAGGGAAGCCCCGGCCCGGCGGAUGGAGACGGCAUUGGCUGCUAUUUCUGCAAUGACGUGGUGGCUCCUGACGACUCGACCAAAGACCGCACGCUCGAUCAACAGUGCACGGUCACGCGGCCCGGCCUGGCGCCUGUAGCCUCUGCGCUGGCGGUGGAACUCAUGGUAGCGUUGCUCCACCACCCCCUCAGGCAUCGGGCACCCGCCGACGGGGGCGAGGCAAGCGGUUUGGGGCAUCGCUUUCUGGACGAUCCGGACCGGCCGUUGGGAAUUUUACCCCAGCAGAUUCGUGGAUAUUUGGCGCAUUUCACAACGAUUUUGCCAGUGACGAGGGCGUUCCAGCAUUGUACAGGCUGCGCUCCUGCGGUCAUCGAAGCCUACAAGAGGGAGGGGGCGGGGCUAGUGCUGCGUGUCUGCAACGAGCAGGGGGUCUUGGAGGAAAUGACGGGUUUGGCGCAGAUGAGGAGGGAGACCGACGCGUUGGAACUUUCGUGGAGUGAGGAUGAGGACGAGGAGGAAGAAGAGGAGUUGGGAGGUGGUGGGAAGGAGAAGGAAGUGGAAAUGGGGGAAAAGGAGCAAAAGGGAAGGGAGAAGCCGACGCAAGAAUGGAAUGUGAAAGAGGAGGAAAAGAACAGUGGUGGUUUGGACUUGGCGCUUGAGGAAUUGGCGAUCGAGCAUGCAGGAAUAAGGAGAACAGGGGGCAAUUGUGAGUGA